UUCUUUCAUAUGUAUAGGUAUCAACUGUUAGUUCGAGCAUGCUUUUUCUAGAGCUCUCAACGUUAGGACAGGAAGUGAAAGUUGGCGGCGACCUCCGUUUUAAAGUCUCGUGCAAUGACAAAAACUCGUCUUUGGAUUGUGGGUUUGCUGUCAAUCUUCUAGAGGAUAAAGACGAUACUGAAAAUAUUACUUUUCAAUUCAACCCAAGAGGACCUAAAUCGAAAGUUGUUAUGAAUACCCGUCACCAUGGUAAAUGGGGGAAAGAAACAGUUUUAAAGGAUAAAGACGUGGUUAACGACUACUUCCAAAAUUCUUUUGAACUUAGGAUUCACGUGAAAGACUUCAAGAAGAUUCUUGUUUAUUUGAAUGGACAAUUGAAGACAGAAUUUUCCUGUAAAACUGAUAUAACUCGAGUAAAUUAUGUUUGCUACUCAUCUAACCUAAGUAUCGAAUAAGUUUUGAAAAAUAAAUAAUAAGGUCAAAAAUUUUAGACAGUGAUAUUGCAUUUUUAUAAGCAGAGUAAUUUAUUUUAAUUUUUUUUUAUUGGACAAAUUAUAGCGGUUUCAAAAUAGAGAAAAUUUUGUUAAUCAGGUUUUGUCAGAAAACGAUUGAACCUAAUGGUUA